AUGCCCAGUUUGGAUGCUGUCACAGGAGCGAUGCUCACCAAUUUUGUGUGUUUUGUGCCAAGCGUGCUGCUGUUGCUGAGCCGGAGACCGAACGGGCUCACCAUUGUUUUUGUUGUUGUUGAUAUUGUCUGUAUCACAGUGCAAGCGGUUGCAUUUUGGGCGCUACCGUGCUCUGCCACCGAUCCGGACGUUUGCCCGUUUCGCUGUCAAACUAAGCGAACGGCGUUCCAAGACCUACGUAUUUAUAUCAAUGUGGAAAUGCAUUGUCUACUUGCUCAUGGUUUUCCUGGUGCUUACCAGUAA